GGUUCAGUUGGCUAACUCAUUUACCUGGCAGGGGGUGAACUGUUUUACAAAUGCUUGACAAUAAAAUAGUAAAGUUAUACCUAAAAAGGGAAUUGUCAACAGAAUGACUGCGAAAGAUGAAACAUAUUUGUGGCGAGAGAAGAUUGAGGAGAAGCUCAAACGGGAUCAAGAUCUGCUGACAUUCGUUAGCGACAGCCUCAAAAGAAGUGAUCAGCUGACUAAAGGCAUGGUGUCCAUUCUCUCGUCGUUGGAGGGCCGUUUGGAGCACCUGGAGAACUCGGUCAUUCCCAUGCACAACAGCACACAGAACCUACUGCAGCUGAAGGGGACAACGCAGAAGACAUUAUUCUACCUGGACGAUGCCAUCAGCCAUUACCAAGCCGUCCGAGACACAGACAAGGUCAUCAUACAGGGGCCUACAGGAAGACUAUCUGACUAUCUAGCCUGUGUUCACCGACUCAAGAAAGCAGAGGAGUACUUUCAACAGGAAGACCCGGACGGGCCUGAGCUGAAUAUGCUGAGAGGUCGUUUAGAGAGUGCCAAGUCACAGUUGGAGUCCGAGUUCCAAGUCCUGUUGGGGCGCUACAGCAAGCCAGUGCAGACAGUCAGAAUCCUGGAUGUCCUGGACAAAAAGUCACUGAAUGGGUCUGCAGGCGGAGUGGAGGAGGUACAACUCAUACCCCAAACUAGGCUUCAGGACAUCAUCUCCAUCUCCACCUGGCUGAUAGGUGAGGAUGCAGCUCUGACAGCUAAGAGGAGAGUCUCUGCCAGCAAAUUCAAAACACGGUCACUGGAAAGAAACCCAUCCCACCACUCUCAGGGAAAACUGGAGCCCAGCAGCUUUUUCACCAAUAAGUCCUACUGCUCCAAACUCAAAACACAGUCUCUAGGCAGAAAGCCAUCAAUAGAAAACAAGCCAUCAAUGGACUCUCUUGGAAAACUGAAAGCAAACAGCCUGUUCACCAAGAUGAUCGGCCUGAAGUCAUUUGGUAAAUUCAAAACGCUGUCCCUGGACAGAAAGCCAUCACUAGACAAGAAUUCAUCACUAGACUCCCUCGGAAAACUGGAAUCCAGUAGCUCUUUCACCAAGGUAUCCACCUCGAAGCCGUACAGCAGACUGAAUAUUCCCGAUAUUAGACAACCGUCUUUGGAGUCCAUCCCAUUUCUGCCUAGAGACUCCACCUCCCAUACCUUCCCAUCUUGCAAACCCAAGCCCCCAGCUUCCACCUCCUACAUCCUGCCAUACUUCAGACCCAAGCCCAGCUCAGCCUUUGAUCUCAAGGCCCACUACGCCAUGGUGCGCUCCAAUCAGUUGGACUGCUCCAUGAAGGGUUUGAAGGACCACAAGAGUAGGAACCUCCUCUGCCCGGUGUUGCAGAGCAGGCGUGUGGAUUCUGCCGUCAAGAAGAACAAAAAAACAGGGCGGGACAGCAUAUUACACAUUGAGAUUGAGACCUACAUGGCCUGCAUCACAGCCUUCUUGUCCCUGGCCAAGAGUGAAUACACCAUGGUGUCCAAAGUCUUCCCUCUGAACUGCUCCAAUACCUUUGAAACUCUCAUCCAGGUGGCUCUGAACCAGCUGAUCCAGAAUGGGGAGAACAUCGUGUCCUCUGUCAGACGAGCCUGUUCACGUCACGACUACACAGCCCUUGUCGCCAUGUUACCUGUCCUGGGCCGUCUCCUGGAGGAGGACAAAGAGUUUAACAUGUUACUAAAGUGCACAACAAGCGGCACCUUGGCCAAGUUUUCCAAACUCGUUACAUCUAUGAAGACCCUGGCAGCCAGAGCACUGACGGACUUUUCUGCUCACGUCAAGAACAACCCUGAUAGGGAGAGUAUGUCCAAGGAUGGAACGGUGCAUGAAUUCAACAGCAAUACAAUUCUAUUCCUGCAGCAGUUGCUGUCCUUUGCAGAUGCUGUUCGGUCCAUCCUUUAUCCUCAUGAUGUAGACAGUGACACAGUAACUAUGGAGGUGUCCAGUAGUGUUCAGGUGGACGUUCAACAUGACACUGAUGCAGAUGAAUCAGAAGAACAGCCAUCAGACAGUCAGGAGUCCAAGGGGAAUGACGAUCAGAGAGCACUGAGUCCUUAUGUCUGUAAAGUGCUGGAGCAUCUCCAGUACAACCUACAGAGUAAGGCCAAGGUGUACGAGGACCACGCUCUCGGGGCCAUCUUCCUCCUCAACAACUACAACUACAUCCUCAAGUCAAUAAAGAAGUCAUCUCUGUUUGAAGUGGUUAAAACCAGCGGCAGGGAUCCGGAGGUUGAGUACGGGGAACUGAUUGAGCAACAGAAGCAGGUGUACCAGCACAGUUGGUUGAAGGUGACCGAGUGCCUGACUGAAAAGAAUCUGCCCACCUUUAAGCCAGGUGACAAGUUGAAAGAAAAAGACUGUCAGGUAAUUAAAGACAAGUUCAAGAGCUUCAACGAGGGCCUGGAGGAACUGUAUAAGGCUCAGAAAGCGUGGGCCAUCCCAGACAGAGAGCAGCGCCAGGCCAUCUGUCAGGCCCAGAGAGAGAUGGUGUCCAAGGCCUACAUAGCCUUUCUGCUGAGAUGUGACCAUGAUUUCUCCAAACACCCUGAGAGAUACCACAAAUACAGCCCAGCGCAGGUGGAGGAGAUGAUCGAGAGACUAUUUGAUAUCUCAGCCUGAGGUUGAGAACCUGCUUAGUUAGGAGAUAAUAAGGUCUUCACACUGCCUCUAUAGGAAAUAACACACUGAUUUGUUUCCACACUACUAAUACUACAGCUUCAGUCCCCAUUACAUGUAUUCAUUAGAGUUCUAGGCCUCUAUUCUGGGGGAUUACAGUGCUUCAGUCCCCAUUACAUGUAUUCAUUAGAGUUCUAGGCCUCUUCUGGGGGAUUACAGUGCUUCAGUCCCCAUUACAUGUAUUCAUUAGAGCCCUAAUUGCUAAAUGUAUUAUUACACAUAUGACUGGCUAGUUCUAAACGUGUUUAUAUAAAUAUUGUUAAAGCCCUACUUCAGAAUAAACAUCUAUUUAUUUUACCCAGAAAUUCAAAACUAGCUUUUUGUUUGUGCUUGCAAAAUUUCUGAAGACCCAAAUACACCAAUAUUUUUUGAAAUGGUUGUUAAAAGCGAAUAAAGAAUUUAUGACCAGAAAUCUAAUUGGUUGAUCUUACAUUGAGAACCAAAGGAGAAAUAUAAAAUGACGACUGCAUAAACAAUGAGGACGGUGAGAUAGAUACAGAAACAGAUCAAGUCCACUUUGUUGGCAAAGCGAUGGUGUAUAGCAUUUUUCUGGUCUUGUGCAGCCAUUUUGUUGAGAAACUUCACCACCUUCUGGAGGGCUGUAUUCUUCUCUUCCUCUGAGGCUUUAAUAUCAGACUUGGAUUCUAGACAAAGUAAAGGAGAGAAAAAAGGAUAACCUAUUAUUAAUAUAACAUGAUUAAAUAAAGAUGUAAAAAAUUAUUGACCUUUCUGUAAAAUGACAGUUUUCAGUGAUAGAUGAAAGAUCAAAUGGAGUAGCUGUCCAGACCAGCGUAAACGCCAGACAAAUGAUGCUAACAAGAAAAUAUGCUGGGAAAGACUGCAUGCUUUAACUGCAGCUAAAGGCAGUGAGUCUUUGGACUUGGAGAGGCUGCAGGGCCAGAGAGUGCCACACUUAGCCAGGCGUGUCAGCACCAUAGACUGCAACGUGCUCAACACCAGGAUGACCAAACAGAAACAGAAGUGCUUUCCUAUGGAGAACAACGAGAGAGAGAUGAUACUCACGGAUGAUGGGGCUGCACUGGCCUCCUCCAGGCAGUAGGUCGUUGAGGAUGAUGAGGAACAUGAUGAAGCUGAGAACCAGUGUAACCUUGAAUGAGAUACGCUCGCCCCCUCCCAGUGGCAGGGAGAAGCUCACCACAUCUGCCACAAUGAUCAGUAUACUGGGCAGGACCAGGGACAGAAACGGGUUUUCAGACCGCAUUUUCAGCGACACCUGUGAAGACAGAUGGGUAGGCCAGACUGAAAUCAUUUGUUUUUUGAGUUCUUGCGUCUAAACGUUUAGCAUUUGUUUAAAGUUGAAAGGGAAGAGCAUUACUUUCCAAAAUCAGACUCAGAUGUUUUCAGAACUCUUAAGAAGCCUUAUGUCAAUGAGUCCACAUCCUUCACCGUCGGUUGUGCAGAUCCAACUAUGCCUUCACCCCAAUUAAUGGGAAAAGAAACGCACUGCAAAUUUGGAAUUGACAUGGUGCUCAUCUUUUUAAUUCAUUUGGAAUUGUGGCAUGUAACUGGGUCUACACACAAAUACACAGCCUGGGAUGUGUAUUUGUCUCAACGGAACACUACUUAUGAAAGGUAUAAAAACAUCUGAUACAUUUUUAUUUAAGUGUAUUGUAUUUUUUCUGUGUAAAUGUUGUUCAAGCUCUGCCCUUAAAAACAGGAAGAGUAAAGUAUCUUUACAUGUCCCACAUAAACUACUGAAAUCACCAGGAACUCUCACUAACCCAUAGAUAAAGAUACUCUACAUAUCACAAACUACUGAAAUCACCAGGAACUCUCACUAACCCAUAGAUAAAGAUACUCUACAUAUCACAUAAACUACUGAAAUCACCAGGAACUCUCACUAACCCAUAGAUAGUUGCGAUCAUCUCUGAAUUGUGGCAUGUAACUGGGUCUACACAAUACAUAGCCUGGGAUGUAUAUUUGUGGGUCUGCACAAUACAUAGCCUGGGAUGUGUAUUUGUGGGUCUACACAAUACAGCCUGGGAUGUGUAUUUGUGAGUCUACACAAUACAGCCUGGGAUGUGUAUUUGUGGGUCUACACAAUACAGCCUGGGAUGUGUAUUUAUCUCAACGGAACACUACUCAUGAAAGGUAUAAAAACAUCUGAUACAUUUUUA